AUGCUGGAUUCUCGUGCAUUUCACUCUUUUUACGGUCCGAUGUACGGGAAGCUUACUCCUCAGGAACAACAACGAUUCUGCUUCCACCAUGUGAAUGUAGUGCUGAAAGGUAUCCUGUUGGUCUGCGUCUCAUCUUCCAUAGUGCAGGUCACGAUAGGUGGCAAAGAAUGGACGGACCCGUAUUACCACCACUCGUCCGUGACUCUCUGGGAGACAUCGACCUUUGCCGGUUAUAUCGUGGUUGCGGUUAGUCUCCUGGACCUCAUUUACGACACGAGCCUACGCCUGGUAUACAUGGUUCACCAUGUGGGAGUCCUCUUGGCAGUCCAGGGCCUCGUAUUUCUCAUUGUGAACGCACCAGUAGAGAGGGCACAGGAAAUGCGGUACCUGGGAAUCAUGUCCGAGAUUGGCAUAUUCUGGGGUAAGUGA